AUGCACUUAAAUUUUCACAAAUCUUCUGGGAACUCAAAAAGUCAUGAAAAUUCUCCUUCGACUUCUCAAGGAAGUACCCCAUCUGAAGAUCCCCCAUCCUACGAUUUCACAAUCUCAUCCACAGCAUCGAACGAGUCAUUGACCAAUGCACCUUCACCAAUUAAGAGACCAAGCUCAAGUAUUAUAGCAAGGGGUAGUCCAUCUAAAAGUCAAAAACCACAAAAAAAUAUUCCUUACAGACCAUCCGAUGACUUAAAGAAACAUAGUAAGAUUCUAAGUAAUUCAAAUGAAUCGAGUUUAUUAUCACCAGCAAGCUCGAAUACCCAAACCGAGUACUUUGAUGUCCUACCAUCGUUUCAAAUGUUUCAAUCUAUUUUAAAAAGAGAUGACUCCCAAUUUAGUGAAAAUCUAUCUGUGAAUCCUCCUAUAUAUGGCGAUGUUACUAAUUCAUCCCCAACACCCCCAAGUGGUUUAUCGCCAGUGUCAUCUAAUAGAGACAAUAAUCUAGAUUCUAUGAUGGAUAGCCUCACUGAAAGAAUUAACGAGUAUGCCUUAAAUAACAAUAAUGAUGAAGAAAACUACAUCUUUGGGGAGGAAGAACAAGACAAUAAUCAGCCCAAUGAACAUUUAAUAAAUGCCGAGAAUACACCAAUUGCUAGUAAUGAUACAUAUGGUGAAACCGUAUUAGAUAACAUAGACAGAUUGCCAAAGUUGAAUAAUUCCCCCAUAGAUAUUCAGAUUUAUGUAACCAAGAGAGUACCACAGCCAAACCUUCCAAAUGAUUUAGAAACUAGAUUGAAAAUGUAUUCCAGUGGUGAUUUGGUGAAUGGUUAUAUUAUAAUUACUAAUACUUCAGAUGAGCCGGUUGAUUUUGGAUUAUUCGUGGUAACGUUGGAUGGUACUAUAAAGACUACUCAUACAAAUCCUAAUGCCAAUCCGUUGGAUAUUCACAAAUACGACAAAGUUUUAAUUAAAAAGUUUUUGAAAAUGUAUGAUUUAAAUGCUUCUUAUGGAUAUACACAGAUCCCCAACAGUGCAGGAAUCGAAUAUGAAGCUUUCACCAAAGAUCUACAUGAUGGGUGUGAGCUUGGAUUACCAAACGAAAGGAUUUUGAAGCCUCAUACUAAAUAUAAAAAUUUUUACAUUUAA